AUGCAAGACUCAACGCUCGUGAUCGGCUUCAUCGCCGUGGUUUUGGCUGUCUACGUUGUAGACAGGUUGAUCCAGGCGAAGAAGAAUGCCAACCUUCUUCCUCUUCCUCCUGGACCCAAGGGACUCCCACUCUUAGGAAAUUUGCUCGACUUGCCGAAAACUGGCACAUUUGAGGCUAAACAUUGGGCAAAUCUUGCUGAGCUGCAUGGACCUAUCAACUCAGUCAGCGUUAUGGGGAAAACUCUCAUUUUGAUUAACGACAGCCAGUUGGCGCUUGAUAUGUUGGAGAAACGAUCAACAUUCGCUUCUAGACCGCAAUUCCAUUUCGCUGGAGAUAUCAUUGGUUGGGGACGAAUUACCGCCGCUAUGAGAUACAACAACACAUUGCGAGAUCACCGCAAGAGCUUCGCACGUGUCAUCGGAACGAAGUCGCUGGCUGCACAGUACCACGAAAUGCAAGAAGCCGAGAACGCACACUUCCUUCUUCACUUGUUGGAUAAUCCCGACAUUCUCAGAGAUCAUAUCAAGAGGCAAGGCAAUGUUUCGAACCUGAACUUAUUGCCUGGGCAAGAGAAGAGGGAUCCUCUCAUCGACAUGAUUCAGCGUUCCAUCGAUGACUUGUCUUUAGCUGCGGUCCCUGGAGCCUUUUUGGUUGACAUUCUUCCAAUUCUCCGCUAUGUUCCAGAUUGGGUUCCCGGAACGGGCUGGAAAAAGACAGCGAGGAGGUGGGCAUACGAACUGAAUGCUGCGAUCGAAACACCCUAUGAAUUCACGAAGCACCAGCUAUCCGAGGGAAGAGACAACCCAUCCUACAUCGCAAAUCUUAUCAGGACCAGCGAGAACACCCCCGAGCAGAUUCAUAGUCACCAGUGGUCAUCUGCAGCUCUAUACAGCGGCGGUACUGAUACGACCGUGUCUACUACCGCUUGUUUCUUCUUGGCUAUGACGAUGUACUCCGACGUCCAGGCAAAAGCUCAAGCGGAGAUCGACCGUGUGGUUGGCACUGGACGCUUACCUAGUCUCGAGGACCGGGAGGCUCUUCCGUAUGUUGAAGCCGUCUUGAAAGAGACGUUGAGGUGGCACACCGUAAUUCCUAUGGGUCUACCUCAUGCUGGUGAAGAGGACACCACUUACGAGGGAUACCGUAUUCCAAAAGAGGCAAUGAUUAUGCCGAAUAUCUGGCGCUUUACCCAUGACCCGGAAACCUAUCACGAUCCUGAAGAAUUCCGGCCAGAGAGACACUUGGAAAGUGAAAACCAUCAGCCGGAGACCGACCCUCGGAAAUUCGUUUUCGGUUUUGGGAGACGCAUUUGCCCUGGUAGGAUAUUUGCGGAUAACGCGCUGUUUCUCACCUUUUCGCAGUCUUUGGCUGUUUUCAACAUUCGAAAGAAGUCUGUUGAUGGCAACAUUGUUGAGCCCAAGAUGAAAAGCAUGCCGGGUUCUAUCAGCCAUUUGGGUCACUACGAAACUUCGAUCGAACCACGCUCUGCUCACCACGAAGACAUGAUCCACUCUCUUGAGAAACGAUAUCCAUGGCCAAAGUCUGAUGGGGAGACACUGAAGAGAAUGGUACCUCCACAGGUGAAGAACGUAUCCAUUUGA